AUGCACUCCGAACACCCAUCAAAACAACCACCUGCGAAGUUCCACCUUUUAUCAGCUAUAUCCUCUUUACAGAUGGAUAAGAAUCUAACACAUCGAGAGUUGUGUGAGAAACUGCAGCUGGAACAUCCAACGUGGUAUAUCAGUUCCAAAAGAGUCAAUAAGUUGAAAUCAGAAUCUAUGUCAGAGACUAUUGGCGACCCUUGCAUCGCAGUCAAAAUUGCUGGAGAUAUCUCGUUGUCUACGAGUGUCACAGAAGGUCUUUUACUUCUGUUGACGAACCUUACUCCUAUUUUGCAAUCACGUCCUACUUCCAAUCUCGCGGCACUCAAGUUCAUACGAGACAAUUUGCCUGUAGGCACACCACAAGAACCGCUUAUAUUAUUCCCUAGGGAACAACAUAUCAUUGAGUGGUAUUAUCAUAUCUAUUAUACUAUUCAAGAGUCAGACGAACGACCGUUUCAUCCCGUUAUGCUGGAAAUCUACGGGAAGAAGAGAUGUCCUCGCGGCGCUUUGAUAAUCGUCAAGAAUGGUGACGGUUUUCUUCCAGAUGCACCCAAAUUUGACAUGGAUAUCAAUGAUUUAGGAAGAACGUUGUGGUGGUACAUUAAGAGUGGGAAAGAUCCUGUAACAGAAGCAAGCGAGAGGCAAUUGAUGCAUUAUAUUGAGCAGUCAGACGGAAGGAUGUAG